ACUUGUUUGCUCCUCCUCCACUGCCAUGCAGCUGAUUUGGCUCCAGAUAUAAACACAGACUUUCUCUGUGGAAUCACUCUCUUCCCGAGUGGCGUGGAGUCAAUUCCAAACAACCCCAGUGGGUCCCCCUGGGCAGAAUACCCAGAAUGGAGAUUCAUGCCUUGUGGUACAUGCAGUUCCUGCUCCAUGGUCAUCCAGCAGCUUGUGGGUGGAUUUCCCACAUCACUCUGGGUUCACACAAGGUUCUUUUCCAGGGUUUGCAGCAGAAAUGAGUGAUUUCCAGAAGAACCCAUAACGUUGUUUUGAGAUGGCAUAUGGCAUGAAGGAAGUGGUUUUAGGCUUAUUAAGGCUGAACAAGCGUGCGCAGAAAGGAGCUCCUUGAGCUGUUUAUUGUGAUGGUUUCACUCUGUCAGAACCUGCUACGGGCGUCAAACCAGCACCAAAACAAUGGCAGGACUUCUUUAGUAUCCGAUCUGGACAAACAGAAGGAUUCUCCAUCCAAGCCAUCUGUGGCUGAGCUGGCCGGGAGGUUGAAAGGCCAUUUCCUGCCAGUGCCCAACUCAAAUGAUGAGACUCCAUUCCGAAAGCGACCUCCGUGUUCCCUGAAGUUACAGCAUCAAACACAUGAAAAUGAGGAGUCAGAAAACUCGGUCUCAGCGAAGCCUCACACAAAGAUGAAGAACUCUGCCAUCAUUGAGAGACUCCAGGCCAACCUGGCUCUGUCACCCACUGCUUUGCUGCCUUCAGCCAAGAGUCCGGAGGGAAAGCUGCAGCCGCCGACACUGACCCCCACCACCCCCUGCUGUCCCCUCAGCCCCACUCUGCGACCGUCACAUCAGCCCAGCGAAGAGGAAGAUCCUGUCAGCUUCGACAGCCCCCCCGAAGGCGCCACUUUGCCGAGCUUCAACAAGACCCGUGCACGGUUGUCUUUCAAGAGGCGACCGCCCACAAGACAGCACAGGAGGUCCACCGGAGACGAGGUGGAAGCCCCCCUAAGGGAUCCGUCCCCGAGUGAACUGAAAGAAAACCGGAACGAGGAACAGACCUUCAGCGUCCUGACAGAGGAACCGGAAUCUGCGCACACGGGCAGUGAGAGGAAAACCAAAAACAAGGAGGAGGACUGCGAAAAGACAGAGGCUGGGACAACACAGAGUGACCCAGACAACAGGCCAGCCCUGGAUCUGGAGGAGGAACAAGUAAAGAGCACAGAGGAUUUGGAGGAGGAACAGCUGUCUUCUGAGUCUGUUGAACAGAUACAGGUUGAUGUUAAGACAGAGGAGCGGCAGGAAGAGGCGCUUCAGGAGACAAAAAAUGAUUCAUGAACGUUUACAUAAAAGAUCAAAACCAGAAAAGUAAGUUAUUCUGUGCUUUUAUUGAAAAAUGUCCCUUAUAACAGUUAAAGACCCACUCCGACCAUCUUUGAGCUAUUUUCAAAGCAGCGCCAGUGGUCUUUUAAUUAUGAUCAUGCUGUUUUUAUCCAAAAUUUAAAAAAAAAACAACAUAAAAACCUGUGGAGCUGUUGGUGCACAGCAAGCUGUUUACAGCUUACAGCCUCUCAUACUCUAAUAGAACAUUCACACUGCGUGUUCAGCGCGUUCUUGAACGCACCUUUGGCCCACGGUGGUCAAAGGCAGGAAGGGGCUUCUUCUUUUUGUUUCACUGUUUCCUAGCACAUGUCCACCACCUAAAGUUGGAAGAGGCUUGGUGUGAAAUGUCGAAGCAGUCACUGGCAAACAGUUGGCACCUCCGUGAAACAACCAAAUCAGAGCCCCUGACUGGUCAAAGUGGGAUCUGGUUUAACUUUUAAUGGAUCCAUUUCUGCAUAGAGCCUGAAAACGGUUGUAGAAAAAUCAAAUAGAAAUGUAGUUUUAACGCGUGAACACAAGAGUUUGAACGCGGAUUGAUUGCAGAGGACGGUGUGAAUGUAGCCAAACAGUAGAGGUGAAGCAAAAAUGGCGAGCCGUAUCGGAGCUAUUCAGCCGUACAGUUUGGAUCCAGAUGUCAGCUCAGAUGUGGAAAACGCAGACGUACAUGGAUCUAGUCGUCUACAAGCGGAUGCAUCAGAUUAGAGCCGUGCAGGGAGCUUGUGGCCCACACAACACAUUUUCUACGUCUUUUUAAAUUGCAUUUUUCGUCUGCUCUUGAUUCUCUACAAUUUGAAUAAAGAAAUAAUAAGAUUUUUUUUAUAUUUCUCCUCCAUAAUCAGAAAAAUGCCAGAAGAACAUAUUUAAAAAACAGGAUUUUAAUCGGAGUGGGUCUUCAUUCCCUUUUUUUUCGCUGUCGCCCUCUCCUGGUGGUUUUCCAAACCUGUCACGUGGACUGCAAACUAUAAUCACCAUGGCAGUUAAUACUGUAUCUGUGAUUGCAGGAAGUUUGUUGUGAGUGAUUCCAUGACUGCUAAACCUUUUUUUGACUUAAAAAAAAUAAAAAACAAGUCAAAGACUUGUUGACAGUGCACUUCCAUAUCUGGAGACUGUAAGCACAUUAUUGAAAAUAAGAACAAAUAGGAGAAAAAUAUAUUUGAUUUUCUACAUGUUUGCAUAUAUAUUCAUGUGUAAUAUUAUAGCAAAUCACUUUAAGUUGAGAACUUUUGCUUUGCCUAGUUUUAUUUUGCUGCACGUUGGUCAAUGUCUUAAAUAAUUUUCUAUGCAAAUAAAAAGAAACUGCUGCUGUGGGGUGGCUCAGAUCCAAAGAAAUGUUUAAAUAAAAAGCUUUUCUUAAUAUGGAAAUAA